AAAUUUUCAAUGUCGGUGAAUGAUAUACCCCAUAAUUCUUUUAAUGGAUUGCAGAAAAGCGAGCUACUGCCUCCGGCCUAUUCCAGUAUCCGAGAUGAUACUCCGAGAUUCUCAGGUUUUUCCUACCCUGGUGGAUCUGGUAUUGUUACAGCAGAUCAAGUGCAGGAACUAUGUCCACCUCCAACAUAUGAGUCCAUCUUCACUCGAACGAACACGUAUCCUCCCAGCUUAACACAUCAUCACAGGACAAAAGGACCCAAUCCAUACCUACAAGAUGACAGAAAUCUUUGGGAAAAACUUCAUGAAUGUUUUGAAAUGUCCAUUUUACAACAGAUUAUAUGGCUGGUAGUUCUGGCUUUUUCUAUAGCAGACAUCUUUUUCGGACUAAAGCACAGUGGAGACUGUUACUGGAAAAAAAUCAAAGACGGAAAAACUAAAGAGGAGGAGGAUCUCACAUACUUCAUACAGGUCGAGGGGGGACUCCUGUGUGCCACCAUCUUGUUUGUCUUUUUGUGGCGAUUUUGUGAGCUGAUGGACAUUCGCAGCACCAAGCGUCAUACAAGGGGUGAUAUUGAGGGAAAGAAAAAAUGUUACGGUCAUUUGUUUUUUGUCUGCCUGGCAUUGUUUAUUUCCAAUUUCGCUGUGUGUAUUGCAGGAGCAGGAAAAAUUUUCAAUUUUUAUGACAGUAAAGAAAUAUCAAAAAAUGAAAGUCUCACCAUCAAGUGCGACACGGAUUUCUACAGCUUUUAUUAUAAUGGCAAAAUAGGAGAGCUGGCUGUCUUAAUGCCGUACGCUCUUUACAUCUUGAUUGCCUUGUGUUUUAUACCAGAAAGUCAAAAGAGAUGGUUCCUUCGACGUAAGCGGUGUCAAUGGGUCAGGCUUCUUGACGCAGACCAAGAUGGCGUCAUCAGCGCUGAUGACAUGGAAAGGACUAACGCCAAGCUGGAACAGAUUCGUAGACUUGUUGGUGCCAGAAAUACUCCUUUGUCUGCUGAAGAACAAAAGAAAUGGUGGGACGAACACGUUUUCAAGAGCGGUCCCGGAAAAAGCAUUUCAAUGAAUGAUUACAUUAGUUGUUUGGAAUCAAAUUGUCCUGCAAAGGUCAUCGCUACAGGGUUCUUCAACUUCUUCUCCACGGAGGCUUAUCGGAAAAGAAAUCUCAUCAUCACUGAAGAAGACUUUGUCAAGUUCUGGGCCAUUCUUGCUGAUGUCGACGAACGUCAUUGCAGAGAAGUUUUUCUGAAGCAUAUACUGUAA